AUGAAAUCUCUGCCUCCGGUUGCGCUGGGUUGCAUCAGCCUGACGCUGUGUCUGCUGCACCUGCCGGGCGCCCUGCCCCUGCCCGUGGGGCGCACCCUGCUGCUGCCUAAACACAGGGAGCCCCCGGACAGGAGAGCCGCCACGCCGCUGGGGAAUCGGCCCCUGACGAGGAGGACGGUGGAGCUGCUCUGGGUUGGCACUGCGAGAGCUCAGCUGGACUGGGAGCAACCUGGGGGGACCCCAGCCACCCUGCCGCAGCCCCUGGGCGGCCCCAAAGGCAGAGCGCAACGCUCACUGACUGGCCCCUGGCGUGCCAAGCGCCACGCGGCCCCGCGCCGCCACCACGCCCACCUGAUGCGCGUGGGCUGCGUCCUGGGCACCUGCCAGGUACAGAACCUUGGGCACCGCCUCUGGCAGCUGAUGGGCCAGUCGGGCCGCCAGGACUCGUCACCCAUGAACCCCAAUAGCCCCCACAGCUAUGGCUGA